AUGUCCGAUACUCCUAUUUACAUCCUCAAUACUGGUAAGAAAGGCGUUGAAGAAUAUCGCCUUUCUUAUCAGCACAACUGCUGGUGGAAGAUGACCAAGACUUUAAUCCCAACAAGCAUUAGAUCCCAUAUCGAAUCACUGGGUCGCCCUCCCGCAGUCGCCGAUGUCGGAACGGCCGAAGUAGACAAAGGUUCUCGCCUUGAUGGAUUCGACAUAGAUGAAACAAAAUUCCUACCUCCUGAUGAUCUUCCCUCGAACGUUAAGCUUUCCUUUGGCGAUGUAUUCCAGCCUAUCCCCCAUGAGCUGGUCGGACAAUACGAUCUUGUCCACGUGCGGCUCUUGAUGGUUGCUCUGAAAGCUGAGGAUUGGGAGCCUGUGGCAAGAAACCUCAUGUCACUCUUGAGACCAGGUGGUUACAUCAUGUGGGACGAAACGGGAUUCACCAAAUUCAAUGCGACACCAAUCACGGAAGCCUACCAGAAAUGGAUCAGCACAUAUGUUCGGUAUGGGCUGUCAGUUGGCCGCGACGUGACAAGCCCAAUGCCUCUAGAAGGGCACUUUAUCAACGCCGGGUAUGUUGAGUGCUCACACCAAGACUUCAGUAGUUUCAGUAAGACCUAUGAGGUGCAAAAGAUGUGUGGUAAUGCACUGGUCAACUACGCACGGCAAUCACUGAAUGGGAUCGCUUCCCGUGGACAAUUUGAAUGGAUCCGUUCCCAUGAUGACGUGGAGAAGCACUGUGACCUCAUGCAGUCAGAGCAUGACAGUGGAAUAUCUAUGCUGGGCUUUGAAGUUCGGUGGACAAUUGAACGGAAGCCUGCGUGA